AUGCUUCCUCCGCGCUGGACGCAGUUCCCCAACGAGAAGGAUGCCUGCUGCGCAUGGACACUUUGGUCUUUCCUGCUUGCGUUGUACCUCAUUUAUGGCUCCUUAGCCACCAUGAAUCUUUGGAAGGCCUUGGAGGAGCCCGACUAUGUGGAGACCUCGGAGGAACGGAUGGCGAAGCCGCCCCCAUCCUUGGACGUGUGCGAGUUGGUUCGGAUCAGUGCCAGCUUGAAUUACUCCAUGCUGGGAUCUGUGGCGGUGGCAUGUCAAACUGGUUGGUUCUCCAAGGAUGGCAGCGAGGAUCACUUCGACACCCCGCUCACAGCCUCCCAGACCUUUGAUGCCUCAGAGGGCAGGUUUCGGUGUGUCCGCUUCCAGUCCACUGCGGCGGUGCCGAAAGAGGCCACUGUCACGUACUACAACUUCUACCUGGGACUCAAGGAACCAGUGCACCCGAAGCUGUACCGCUUUGGCGGCCAGUACAUUGCAGGGCUGGUAUUCAGGCCAUCAUUGGCUGAGAACGCCAGCAAUCAGUUCGCCUUUCAAGAAGACUCGUGCUUGCAUGACUGGAACGAGCGGUUUCCAGUGGCUGCGGGUCAUGAAACCUCAUGA